AUGCCCGGCUCCAGCAGCCUGCAGCCCGACCAGAACGCUCGCCUGCGAGAGAUCUUCGACGCUCUCGGCGACCAGGCGACCGCGCGCGCUGGCCGCCUGAUUGGCAUUGACGGGGUUGGGACUGCGCUCCAGCUCUUUGGCCUCGAGCUUCCCCCGGAGGAGGCGGAUUCGCUGCCCCGCACAAGCCUUUACCCGAUUGCCUCUGACCUCAGCUGCUGCGUUGCAGGCAAGCUGCGAUUUGAGGAGUUUGUGCACACCAUUCUCACACAGCCGACACCGGGCACUUCUAGCGAGGAGGAGAUCGCGGCUAUCUAUGACCUGUUUUCGCAGCAAGGAGUCGUCACGGCUACGUCCGUGCAGGCUGCUAUGGAGGCUCUCAGCCAGCCGGUCUCGGCUUUGCUCGCUACCGACAUCGUUCGCGAGGCUGACCUCGACGAGGAUGGGGUCGUCAGCCGCGACGACUUUAGCCAAGCAGCUUUGCAGUGA